UUCCUUACCAGACCCAAAACAAUAUUUAAUUCGAUUUAUAUAUAUACUGAUAGGAGUUUAAUCGCAGUAUUUCGCGGAUGAAAAAAUGCUUCUUUUCCGGUUCUGUGCUGGGGCACUCCCAGCCGUCGGAUUCCUGCUGCUGCUCUGUGCGCCGUCGAUUUCUGUAGCAAUCCGUUUGUUUCCCACCGGAGGAGGUGACUUCACUUUUCUAUCGGGCUUCACGGAGGCUCCCGAUUACCGUAACGGCGUCGAAUGUCCGUCAACGGCGACGGAUUUCCCGAUGUCACGUGACAUGUCGUUAGUGCACGUGGCAAUGACCCUUGACUCCGCGUACCUACGCGGCUCCGUUGCGGCGGUCCACUCCGUCCUCCGCCACGCGUCUUGCCCGGAGCGAAUCUUCUUCCACCUCAUCGCCGGCGAGUUCGACUCAGUGAGUCCCCGCGAGUUGAGUCGACUCGUCAGAUCCGUUUUUCCGUCGCUAAAUUUCAAAAUCUAUAUAUUCCGUGAAGACACCGUCAUCAACCUAAUCUCGUCGUCGAUCCGGUCGGCGUUGGAGAACCCGUUGAACUACGCCCGGAAUUAUCUGGGCGACAUACUCGACCCGUGCGUCAAGCGGGUCGUGUACCUGGAUUCGGAUCUCGUUCUGGUCGACGACAUCUUCAAGCUCUGGGAAGUGAAGAUCUCGGGCGGGCGGGUAAUCGGGGCUCCGGAGUACUGCCACGCCAAUUUCACCAAGUACUUCACCGACGCUUUCUGGUCCGAUCCGGCGCUCAGCCGGCGGGUAUUCGGGUCGAGGAAGCCCUGCUACUUCAACACAGGGGUAAUGAUAAUGGAUUUGGAGAAAUGGAGGGAGGGGCAUUUUCGGAAAAGGAUAGAGAAUUGGAUGGAAGUUCAGAGAAAGCGUAGGAUCUACGAGCUUGGUUCACUGCCGCCGUUCCUGCUGGUGUUCGCCGGCGACGUGGAGGCCAUCGACCACCGGUGGAACCAGCACGGUCUGGGAGGGAACAACGUGGCCGGUUCGUGCCGGGAUCUGCAUCCUGGUCCGGUCAGCCUGCUGCACUGGAGCGGGAAGGGCAAGCCAUGGGUCAGGCUAGAUGAGGGGAGGCCCUGCCCGCUGGAUCAUCUCUGGGAACCCUAUGAUCUGUACGACAAGGGAUUCAGGAAGGUACAACAUUAUCAGCGUCGGGAACAACUGGCUUUCGCCCACUAAUUUGCUGGCACGUUCCAGCUGUUUUUUGUUUUGGUUUAAUUUUUUAAUUUUUUAAUUCUUGGGACCAUCGAUUCUUUUGGUGUACAGUAUUGGGGAGAACAAUUCAUGUUGUUUGUUAUUAUUUGGACUUUAAUAAGUUUCAUUGGACUUUUCAUCUAAUUUCGGGUGUUCUUAA